AUGGGAAAGGGGAAUGGGACGGAGAAGGGCGCGAAGCAGCCUGCGCCUACACCCUGUUCAGAAGGUAAAUGCGCAACCGCAGCCACUCGAGCACAGACGCGAGCGCAGGCACGAGCCCGAGGGGUGCCUCUUCAGCUGCCAUGGCUACCCUCUAGAAAUGCGUCGCACCCGGGCCCUCAUUCUCGGCGGGGGCCUCACUCUCCAACGGCAGGUGGAGCAGGGUCCACAGGCACUGGGCGGCAGCAGCACGAACCACACCCUGCUGCUCCUCAUCGAGCUGGGGAUUGCGCGCAACAUCAGGCUUGCUCUGCAGGCCAGCAUGCAGUUGGUCAAGCACCGUCGCGAGGAGUGAGAGACACUCCCCGACGUCUGACAAGCGCCGCUCCCACCGGACAAUGUUCGCCACUAUCGGGGUGUCUGCGGCACACAGCCCCAACAAAAACCCGGGCUGAGCAGGGGCGGUCCAAGUAUCCCGCUCUAGCCACCACUCCUCCGGCGGGUCAGGAGCAUCGUCCGGAAGUCCGGGAGGAGAGCAGCGGGGAAACCGAUGCACCCGGGGCACGACCAGCGGAAGGAGAGGACGCUGUCGCUGCAGCCCCUGGUCCCCAGCACUGCCCGGUGGGGCGGCAGGAACGGGAGGGACCACGGGAGGAUCCGCGCAUGGCGCCGACGGAGGAAGCUGAGAAGGAGGCGGCCAUGGAGGCUGUACGGCCAGGGUCGGUGGAGGCGGAGGAGGUGCGACCGGUGCGGCGCCCGUCGGCAAGGGAACCACCGACGACGGCAUGGACGAGGACGGCGGCGGCUGGGGUGCCAGAAGGGACGCCCACGUUGGCGGCGGUUGUGGUGUCGGCACCAAACUCGGACCCGAUGAGACAGACGGCGCCAUCAACGGGGAGGGCAACAGGGGUGCUGACGCAGACGAGUGCUGCUGCUGCGACGAGGAGGCUUGGGUCUGCGGCGGAGGAAGCUGCGGAGGCGGCGGAGGCUGCGUCUGAGGCUGCGAGUGAAGAGCCAGCGGUGCCUGAGGCCGCGGUGGCUAAGCCAGGGACCGCGCUGACCGUGGGGCAAGAGGCUGCGACGGCCGGGGAGAGCGCCGGCGGCGGAAUGACUGGCCACGGGCCCUUAGAUGGGGAUGGGUUUGCCCAUGGGGAGAACGAUAAAUCGGCUCCCGAGACCCAGACGAAACGACAGGCGCCCGGGAAGAAUUGCCGCUCGCCGCGGCCGCAACAACAUCAGCGGCGGCUCGGAGCAGGGCUGGCACCUGCCCGACCUGGGCCUCUGGUAGGUUGGACGCAGCAAGAUGACUCGCCCCAGGCGGCCGCCGAGGCAGGAGAUGGCGCCGACCCGUCAUCAACAUGCUGUCGUGAGAUUGCAGCAGAAGCUCGAGAAGACGCGAUGGAGGCUCUAGACGAGAGGGAGAGUGCUGCAGAAGAUGCGAUGGAGAGAAGGGCCGAGACGCGACACAACCGCCACCGGGGGGAAACGAGCCGGCAGCAGGCCCUACGGGCGCAGGCCAACCAGUGUGCGGCAGGCCGACCGCCGCAAAACGAGGGCGCCUGGAGCGGCAGCGAGGGGAGCAUGAGGGAGGGGCCGGGGCAGAGGAGGGGGCCUGGGGAACCUGGUGAGAGCAGUGGCGAGGUGAAAAGCCAGAUCGGGGGACUGGCGGGAAAGACACGGAAGGCCAGAACGGACUGGCACACAGCAGAAUGUUAA